AUGAAGAACACUCUCUCCUCAACUCCUCCACCACUCUGGAAAUUCCUUUUGCUCUUAUUACUACUUCUCUUAAUCCCCUUCACUUCCUCCAAGAAAUCGCCGGAAACCUCCAUUCACCACCGACUCCAUGAUCAUCAUUGCGCCACCGCCACUAUCUCCACUCCAAAACACCCACAUCCUCCUUGCCUCCAAACCCAAACGCUCCACCCUCGCCGCCCACCCCAGCCACCACUCCCGCCACAGCACCUCCAACCGCCGCCACCACCUGAAGAAAUCGAUCCAAGAUACGGCGUAGCAAAAAGAUUAGUCCCUUCUGGACCCAACCCACUUCACAAUUGA